GCCCCCGCGGCCCCCCAGGCCACCCGCCCGAGUCUCCUCCGCCUUCCUCAUGCUCGCCAGGGGCUUUUCAGCGUGGCAAGGCCUCCACAGGUACCCACCCACUCACCAACACUCCUCCUUCAUGGGCGUCUCCCCCCCGGGGGCACUCGGCGGCCAGUGACUCUGCCCCGCCGCGGUGGGCGGCGCCCCUGCUGUAAGCGAUGACACCCUGAAGCCCCGCCAGAAAUCCCCCUCCACCACUCCCACCUCCGAGGAGGAUUGCGGGUUGCUGGGACCCGAACUGGUGGUUCCAGGAUUUUCUUAAGAAUGACUUUAGGAAGAGAAAUUAUGUCCCCUCUUCAAUUGAGGUCUUCAUCUUCAGCAACUAAAAAAAACUUUUUGAAAUGGGAUCUGUCACCAGAACAAAUUAAAGCAAGAACUGAGGAGCUUAUACAACAAACCAAGCAGGUGUAUGACACUGUUGGAAUGCUUGAUAUUGAGAAAGUGACAUACGAGAACAGUUUGCAAGCACUUGCAGAUUUAGAAGUGAAAUACGCAGUGGAAAGAAGCAUGCUGGAUUUUCCCCAGCAUAUCUCUUCUGACAAAGAUGUACGAGCAGCAAGUACAGAGGCUGACAAAAGACUUUCUCGUUUCGACAUUGAGAUGAGCAUGAGAGAGGAUGUAUUUCAGAGAAUUGUUCAUCUACAGGAAACCUGUGAUCUUGAAACAAUAAAGCCUGAAGCUAAGCGCUACUUAGAAAAGUCCAUUAAAAUGGGAAAGAGAAAUGGACUUCAUCUUCCAGAAGAAAUACAAAAUGAAAUCAAAGCAAUGAAGAAGAGAAUGAGUGAAUUAUGUAUAGACUUCAACAAAAACCUCAAUGAAGAUAAUACCUUUCUUAUAUUUUCUAAGGAAGAACUUGGCGCUCUUCCAGAUGAUUUUCUUGACAGCUUAGAAAAAGUAGAAGAUAACAAAUAUAAAGUAACCUUAAAAUAUCCCCACUACUUUCCUGUUAUGAAAAAAUGUUGUAUCCCAGAAACCAGAAGGAAGAUGGAAAUGGCUUUUAAUACAAGAUGCAAAGAGGAAAACACUAAAAUUCUGCAACAGCUACUUCCACUGCGGGCCAAAGUAGCAAAACUACUUGGCUAUAGCACUCAUGCUGACUUUGUACUAGAACUUAACACUGCCAAGAGUACAAGCUGUGUUGCUGACUUUUUAGAUGACUUGAGCCAGAAACUAAAACCUUUGGGUGAAGAAGAGAGAGAGUUCAUUCUGAAUUUGAAGAAAAAAGAAUGUGAGGAAAAAGGGUUUGAAUAUGAUGGAAAAAUCAAUGCAUGGGAUUUGCAUUACUACAUGACCCAGGCAGAAGAGCUCAAGUACUCCAUCAACCAAGAGAAGCUCAAAGAAUACUUCCCAAUGGAAGUGGUCACCGAAGGUCUUCUAAACAUUUACCAAGAGGUGCUGAGCCUUUCAUUUGAGCAAGUGACUGAUGCACAUGUCUGGAAUGAAAGCGUUACUCUCUAUACGGUAAAAGAUAAAGCUACUGAAGAAGUGUUAGGGCAGUUUUACUUGGACCUAUACCCAAGGGAAGGAAAGUAUGGCCAUGCAGCCUGCUUUGGCCUUCAGCCAGGCUGUCUCCUACCUGAUGGGAGCCGAAUGAUGUCCGUGGCUGCCUUGGUAGUAAAUUUCUCCCAGCCUGUUGCAGGCCGUCCCUCCCUGCUGAGGCAUGAUGAAGUGAGGACCUACUUCCAUGAGUUUGGUCAUGUCAUGCAUCAGAUAUGUGCACAGACUGAUUUUGCUCGAUUUAGUGGAACUAAUGUAGAAACAGACUUUGUGGAGGUGCCUUCCCAAAUGCUUGAGAACUGGGUGUGGGACAAGGAUUCUCUUCGACGACUCUCAAAGCACUAUAAAGAUGGGAACCCUAUAACAGAUGAUCUUCUUGAAAAACUUGUUGCUUCUCGACUGGUCAACACAGGUCUUUUGACCCUCCGCCAGAUUGUAUUGAGCAAAGUUGAUCAAGCUCUCCAUACUGAUGCAUCAUUGGAUUCCUCAAAGGAAUAUGCCAGAUACUGUUCAGAGAUUCUAGGCAUUUCAGCUACCCCAGGUACAAACAUGCCAGCAACUUUUGGACAUUUGGCAGGAGGCUAUGAUGCCCAGUAUUAUGGAUAUUUGUGGAGUGAAGUGUUUUCCAUGGACAUAUUUUAUAGCUGUUUUGAAAAAGAAGGAAUUAUGAAUCCAGAGGUUGGAAUGAAAUACAGAAACCUUAUCCUGAAGCCUGGGGGAUCACAAGACGGCAUGGACAUGCUCCGAACGUUCUUGAAACGUGAGCCAAACCAAAAGGCAUUCCUAAUAAGUAAAGGCCUGAACACUCUGUAAAACUGGGAAUCGUUUGUAGCAGUCAUGUCUACAAGACAAAUUGAUGUUUCUUGAAGAGUUUUUUGAACAUUAAAACAGAAGAGGAUGUCACACCUGAAAAUAUGUAGAGUUUCAUUAUGUUUAAAAAGCACAAGCUUAACCACUGAAUUCCAACCUCCCCACCCCCACCCCAAAUGUAAUUGUAGGAACAGCCCAUUAGAAAAUAAUCAUAGUUAUAAAAACAUCAUUUAAGUAUAUACGUUAACUUCUUUUUAUAAAAAUUUCAUAUUGUUUGUUUUUUUUAAAUUGUAAUCUAAUUAAUAUACAUGUGAGAAACCUAACAGUUUUUGAAUUGAAAUUAAUGUACAUUGUUCAAUAGUUAAUUUAGUCCAUUCUUACAUUUUAAAGUUUUAUACAUGUGAUUUUUGUGAAUACAAAUGAAUAUUCACAUAAUUCUCUUAUGUUGUAAAUAUUUCCUUGGGGCUUUGAAUCAACUUUAACUGGAUGUUUACCAGCACAGAGGUACCUCCAUUACCUUGGCUAUAUAGUUCAGGGCUAAAAGUAUCUGCCUCAGUGACAUAUUAGUCACUUUAUCACAUCAGAUCUCAUCUUUUCAACUUUCUGCUACACUUAUUUGGAUUAUGAGUUAUGAUUUAGAUUUGGCUUUAACUUAGAUCCUCUCUUCUCAUCCCUUCUCUUGUCCCUCACUUUUUCUACCCUUUCGUCUGAAUUUAUUUUAGUCAGGAUAUGCCAGGUAAUAUUUGGAUUAUGUCACCUGGGGGCCAAAUAUAGAUCACAAAUUCAUGUCCAAGAUGUCUGUGCCAAACUGCUAUAACACAAGAUUUCUAUCUUGUUCUAUGAUUGCCAAAGUAGUAGUAAGUCCACAUAAGUUUUUCUCCAAUAAGAGGAGUGGUAAGGAACCUAUUCUAAGAAACUCUGUAGUGUGGCAGAUGGACCUAUCUUGGCUUAAGUACCAUGAAAGGAAGGAAAUAGUGUCAAGGUAAGGAUUGCAAGGAAGGAGGAAGAGAAGCAAUGGGCCAGAAAGUUGGAAAAAAAUUAUUCUAGUACUGUACUUUUAUAUAAAACACUUACAACAGAAAUCAGAUAGGCUUUACAAAUCUAUCUUAUCUCUUGUUUGUUUGUUUUUUUAAUCACCAAUCUUGAAGGUUUUUCCUUUGGUCACCAAGAAAUACUCCCUUACCUAAGUCCUAAUUAUCUACUAUAUGUCCAGGUAAACAGUAAUUUUUUUUUCCUAUACCUAACGGAAAAACUAUCCAUGUGAUCUUAAUUGGAAAAUGAAUUUAAACUCCUACUGUACAUUCUCUUGCAAUCUAGUGAACAAGACGAGCUCUUAGGGUCAUUUCCCUCAGCUGCUUAUGAAAGAAGUUCCCCUAGAAAGAAUACUAGAUUGAGAGACAUAACCCAGAAUAUUUGGAUACAGAUCCUAGCUCUGCUACUUCCUGUAAUUGAGUCACUGAAUCUCUGGAUCCCAGUUCAUUAUUUAUCAAAUGAAGGGUUUGAAUUAAAUGGUCUCUCAAGGUCCCUCCACGUUCUAAAUAUGAUAUUUGUUCCAGCUGCUUCCCAUCCUGAAAUGAGGAGUUAGUUGUCCUCCUGGCUCAGGACAUAAUGAAUAAGAACCUUUUAUUUUUCAAUCCCUAUUUUAGCUAUUCACCCUAAAGAAAAAUUCCUAUCAAGAAACAUUGAUGAACAGAUGUUGCAGACUCCAGAAGUAGUAGCAGGCCUGCUAAAGACAAGCUAAUGCUUAGAAUACUCUUUUGGAUACCUAGCCUUCCUGGCUUCCCUUUCCCCUGCACUGAGGCAGCUAGAAUGCCAAUGUUUGGCCCCCAUAGAGCCCUUUUGCCAUACCCUGGGAAUUCAUAGUAUCCUGUUUUUACACUUCAACUGAAAGCUCUCUUCACUCUUCUGUUCUCCAAUGUAUUUUCCCUCUGCUUUCAUUUUUUUUUAACAUUAUUGAAUGUUACAUUAUUUCAUAGGAAGAAAAAAUAGAUAAUUUGUAUGAAAGGGAGUGUGUACAAUGAAAUUGUAUCAUAAUAUACAAGAAAGAAGCAUUUCUAGAAUUGCUUCUUUCUGCAUGUAAGAUUAGAGCAUGUAGAAUCAUAACUCCUGAGGUUGCACUUCUCAUUUUGGAUCUGUGCCUGAUUUCAAAAGCUUAGAAAAAGACAAUUUAUGAAACCACAACCU